GCCAACGCAAAACCAACCUCUUUGUUUGGUUCACAAUCCGUUUCGCUCCUUUCUUUGUUCUUCUCUCUCUUCCUCUCUCUCUCGCCACCUUUUUUUCCUCCCUCGUUCCGCUCCUUUUCCACCGUUCUCCACGCAAAACCUAACCCCUUCCGAUCGAGAUCCACAUGCCCCAGUAGCCCACAAUGGCCGGGAGGAACCACUGCGCUCCCUCCGCCGCCGCCUUCUUCCUCCUCUUCCGCUUCCUCUUCUGCUUACUCGCGCUGGAUCUGCUCUGCCAAUGCCGCGGCGCCUCCUCGCCCGACGCCCCGGCCAUGUCCGAGCUGGGGAGGUCCCUGUCGGGGGUUCCUUCCAGCUGGAAGCCCCAGCAAGAUCCCUGCAGUUGGGACGGCGUUACCUGCUCCGGUGGCCGCGUCACCUCCAUCAAUCUCGUCUCCCGCGGCGUCUCCGGGAGCCUCUCUCCUGCACUCGGUGAUCUCACCUCCCUCACGUCCCUUCAGCUGCAGCGCAACAGCAUCUCCGGUCCUCUCCCUCGCCUCAGCAAGCUCUCCUCGCUCCAGAACAUAUUCCUCGACGGCAACGCCUUCGAUUCUAUCCCGGACGGAUUUUUCAGCGGACUCUCCUCCCUCCAGAAGAUAUCCUUUGACGAUCUUCCUCUCGCCCCGUGGAACCUCUCCCAGGACAUCGCUUCUGCUGCUGGACUCGUCGAGUUAUCCGCCUCCAACGCUUCCCUCACGGGGUCGAUUCCCGACUUCCUUGGCUCCCUGUCGAGCCUCGGCAUCCUCCGGCUCUCUUACAACCAGCUCACUGGCAGCCUCCCGAGCUCCUUUGCCGGCUCCGUCCUCGAGCAACUCUUCCUUAACAACCAGCAGUCUCGCGACAAGAUCUCUGGCCGAAUUGACGUCAUUGGGGCAAUGCCCCGGCUCACCAUGGUCUGGCUCCAGUCCAACAGUUUCACGGGGCCGAUACCUGAUCUGUCCAACCUCACGGUCCUUGAAUCCUUCAAUGUCCGUGACAACUCCCUCACCGGCGUUGUGCCGCAGUCUCUAGCUGCCUGCAUUUCGCUUAAAAAUGUGACCCUCUCCAACAACAUGCUGCAGGGCCCUUUCCCACAGUUCGCCAGCAAAUCUGUUGUUGAAGACGUCAACAAGGGAAACAAUUUCUGUAGCUCGGAUGGUAGCCCAUGUGAUACUCGGGUUGCGACACUGUUAGCAGUGGCUGAGGGGUUUGGGUACCCGGCUGUGCUUGCCAAGUCAUGGCAGGGGAAUGAUCCUUGCAGUAGCAACUGGUUGGGUGUCACCUGCGACCUACAGAAAAGCAUCAUCGUGCUCAACUUUGGGAAUCAACAUUUUGGCGGGUACAUAUCUCCUGCCUUUGGCAACUUCACCUCUCUGCGUCAGCUGUUAUUAAGCAACAAUAAUCUCACCGGAACAAUCCCUGACAACUUGGCUCAGAUCCCUACUCUCCAGCAAUUAGAUGUCACUAAUAAUGACCUCAGUGGGAAUGUGCCAAAAUUUCUCAGCUCUGUUAUGCUUAAAACUGAUGGAAAUCCCAAUCUUGGUAAAGACCCUGGCUCAGGAGGUGGAAGCUCUUCUCCAACAAGUGGGACACCUAGUUCUCCAUCUUCUGUCGACAAACCGUCAACCGGGUCGAACAAUGCUACCAUGAUUGUGGGUAUCAUCAUAGCCGUGGUGGUUCUUGUUGCUUGUUCAGUAGUACUCUUAGUGCAUCACCGCAAGAAGAAGAACAAGAAAAAAUUUGGACUUGUCCCAACUAGGACACCACCAAACGAGCCUAUAGUGAUCGACAUGAAUGCGAAUGGUGGAGGAUUGAGUAUGCUGUAUACCCAAAGCAGUACUGAGAGUGCAAAUGCAUACCUUGGUGAACAUCAAAGCUUGCAAAUGUCUAUUCAAGCACUGAAAAAGGCCACAAAUAAUUUCAGUGAGGAUUCUAUAUUGGGCAAGGGUGGUUUUGGAAUCGUGUACAAAGGGGAUCUCGGUGGAACACUAAUUGCUGUGAAGAGGAGUAUAUCUGACUUGAUGGGUCAAAAGGGUCAACAAGAGUUCAAAGCAGAGAUUGAUGUUCUUAGGAAGGUUAGGCAUCGGAACUUGGUUGCACUUCUUGGAUAUUGUGAUGAUAGCCUAGAAAGACUUUUGGUGUAUGAAUUCAUGCCGGGGGGUACACUGGGGCAACACUUGUUUGAAUGGGAGAGUAGAAAUGAACCACCACUUACUUGGAAGCAGCGGCUAGCGAUUUCUUUGGAUGUUGCUAGAGGUAUUGAGUACUUGCACAGCUUGGCCCAAGAGAGUUUCAUUCACAGAGAUUUGAAACCUUCUAACAUACUACUAGACAAAGAUUUGAGGGCCAAAGUUUCUGAUUUUGGGUUGGUAAAGCUUGCAACAGACAACAAAAAGUCCAUGAUCACACGGUUAGCAGGGACUUUUGGAUAUCUUGCACCUGAAUAUGCAACCACCGGAAAAGUCUCCACGAAGGUUGAUGUCUAUGCAUUUGGUGUUAUAUUAAUGGAGAUAAUUACUGGAAGAAAGGUGCUAGAUGAGUCACUCCCUCCUGAUGACAGUCAUCUUGUGUCAUUGUUUCGCAGAGGGUUUAAUCAUGAGAAAAACAAAUUUUUAAAUUCCAUGGCGGACCGAGUCCUUGAACUUGAUGAUGAGGCUUGGAAGAGUCUAAUAGAAGUUGCAGACUUGGCUUGGCACUGCACAGGUCGUGAACCCUACCAGAGGCCUGAUAUGAGUCACGCAGUCAAUAGGCUUGCUCCUCUAGUAGAGGUAUGGCAACCUAGUACAGCCUGUGACGUGGGCAAUGACGAUGACUCGAUUUAUAGUCUGACCGAAAGACUCGAGAGAUGGCAACAUGAUGCCACUGUGACCGGGUCAUUUGGUUAUACUUUCAAAUGAAGUCGAAACAUCAAUUCUGAUUAGAAGCUUCACAAGGGCUUCUUUUGCAACAUCCUGGCAACUAGUGUCUAGUUGUUUUGGGAGCACUUGAGUGGUUUGUAUCAUAAGCAGCUUUACAAUGAUCAAAAGUGGAGGCAAUUGAUACGAGUCGGAGCUGUUAUGCGAGCACCGCAACAUCCAGUCUCAUGUGUGUGAAGUCAUGCUAAACUGCCAUGAACAUUCGACUUGUGGGUUUUCUCCUGAAUCUUGUUAUUUGGAGUUGGACUUAAGUCAUAUAAUUUUCCUCUCUACAUUGUUCUUUAGUUUUCCAGUAUCUGGCUAUUCUGGUUGGUUUCAUAACAUUGCUGUACAUUACACGAUUAUCCGAUCCAGUUCUUGUAUUGGUUCUUGUUGUACUAGAUAGAUUCCCUUUGUUAAUUUUGCAACUAAUAACAUAUCCAGUUCUUUAUUCAAAGUAUAUGCACAUGUAAAUUGUUUUUCUUCUAAGGAGAAAGUUGGGC